AUGAGUCACAAGCACUCCGACCCGUACGCCGGCUCGGACCCCGAGAAGGUCGGCUUCGAGCACGCCGACAACCUUGCCAACUCCGUCACCGGCUCGCACGACGUCGACGACAUCGAUGGCGGCUUCACCAAGGAGGAGCAGCGCGCCAUCAUCCGCCGCGUGGACCGACGUCUCGUCGUGACCGUCGGCGCCAUGUACUGCGUCUCGCUGAUGGACCGCACGAACUUGUCUGCGGCCGCCAUUGCGGGCAUGACGGUGGAGCUGAAGCUCAUGCUCGAGAACCGAUACAACAUUGCCUCGCUUCUCUUCUUCAUUCCGUACAUCAUCUUCCAGCCGCCCUCGACCAUCAUCGUCCGCAAGAUCGGCCCGAGACUUCAUCUUGGCGGACUCACUCUGCUCUGGGGUGCAGUGAUGAUCGGAAUGGGUUUCGCGCGUACUUACUCUCACCUUUAUGCGUGCAGAAUCCUGCUCGGUGUCUUGGAGGCUGGCUUCUUCCCGUCCUGUGUCUAUCUUCUCAGCACAUGGUACACGAGAUACGAGGUCGGCAAGCGAUACUCCGUCUUCUACCUGCUCGGCUGCGUCGCCUCCGCCUUCGCCGGCAUUCUCGCCUACGGCCUCAUGCAGCUCAACGGCCGCGAGGGUCUCACGGGCUGGCGCUGGAUCUUCAUCAUCGAGGGUGUCUUGACCUGCGCACUCGGAAUUGCCGGAUACUGGCUGCUGGUCGACUUCCCCGACUCCAAGCGCAAGUCGUGGAACUUCCUCGGCGAGCGCGAGCGUGCCUGGGUUGUUGCCCGUGUGAACCGCGACCGUGGCGAUGCGCACAUGCCUGCGUUCAACUUGAAGAGAUUCCUCAGCGCUGGCACCGACUGGAAGAUUUGGGCCUACGCCAUGAUCUUCUUCAACACCACCACCGUGUCGUAUGCGCUGGCGUACUUCCUGCCCAUCAUCCUCCAGGUCAAUAUGGGAUUCAGCGUUGCCAAGGCGCAGUGUCUCAUCGCACCCCCGUACGCCUUCGCCGGCAUCGUCAUGUACGCCACCGCCUGGCUCGGCGACAAGUACAAGUUCCGCGGCCCCGUGAUCCUCAUCAACAUGCUCUUCCUCAUCGUCGGCCUCCCGAUUAUGGGCUUCCAUCCGAGCUCCGGGGUGCGCUACUUUGGCGUCUUCCUCACCACCGCCGGCGCCAACUCCAACAUCCCCGCCGUCAUGGCGUACCAGGCCAACAACAUCCGCGGCCAGUGGAAGCGCGCCUUCUGCUCCGCGACACUCGUCUCCUUUGGUGGUAUCGGCGGUAUCGCGGGCAGUUUGCUGUUCCGCGAGCAGGACAAGCCGCACUACCGCCCCGGCAUGUACGCCUGCAUUGCGUGCAGCUUGUUGACGAUGAUUCUCGUGGGGUUGCUGAGCCUCGACUUUAAGCGCCAGAACGGCAAGGCGGACCGGGGUGAGAAGGAGCUUGAAGCGUCUGAUGAGGGUGCCCAGCCCGGAUUCCGGUAUACCUACUAG